AUGAACUUGACCGUUUCUCACCGUGGUCAAUCUUAUUCACUCUCUCUCCUUCCUGAUGAUACCCUCGCGGUUCUUCAUGCCAGGCUGGAGGAGCUUACAUCUACGCCUCCCCAAUUACAGAAGCUGUUAUACAAAGGGAAGAACAGCAAAGCACUUGACGAUCAGGUCACUUUAAUACAGGCGGGACUGAAGGAUGGUAUGAAGAUUCAGAUGUUGGGCACUACAGCGAAUGAGUUGGAUGGUGUAAAGGCUGUAGAAGAUGAUCAACAAAAGAGGGACCGGAUAAUGAAAGAAAGGGCGUUGAGGGGACCGACGAAGCUCCGAUCUACUGGCAGUGGCAGCAGUGGCAGCGAUAAUCUAAAUUAUAGAUUCCACAAGCUUAUACCCCUUCCGCACCUUCCAAAUCCUUCCUCCGCCCUUGACCUCCUCCAGCGCCUCUCUGAUGACCCAGCCAUCCGCCAUGUAAUGCAAAAACAUAAAUUUGUUGUUGGUGUCCUCACAGAGCUUGCCCCGCAUGAGCAUCCCGAGUUGUUAGGUCUCAAUGAGAAUGCUGGACAACAGAUCAAACUUCGAUUGAGAACAGAUCGAUAUGACGGGUUCCGGACGUACAAGGAAGUACGAAGGGUCUUAUGUCAUGAGUUGACGCAUAAUGUAUGGGGAGAUCAUGAUAACAACUUCAAGGAACUCAACUCUCUCCUCAACCGUGAAGUCGGAGAAUAUGAGGCAUCCGUCAAAGCAGGCACAAAUGUACUGGGCUAUUCCGGAGAAGUGUAUGAGCAGUCGGAAUCAGGGUCUCGUUCGCAUGGAUCGCAUGUGCUUGGCGGAAGUGGGAGUGAUGCGAUACUGUUGCUCAACGAUUCGACAGAAGACCGGAGAAGACGAGCGCUAGAGGCUGCGGAACGACGAUUACGACAAGAGGAAGAAGAGAUGGAGAAUAGUUGUGGGACUGCAGGACAUUCUGCCGUGGCAGAGUGA